AGAAAAUUUGCGAGCGAGAAUGAUUUCAGAAAUAUAAAAAUACGAAACCAUUCAUCAUAUUCACUGGCGGAGCGGUUGAAACCUCCGCCCAGUUUCGAUACACUCUACUCUUGACAACCUCAAGUUCAACCAACACCCAACUCCUUUCUUUUUCAAAUAUAAAUCCCCCUCACAUUUCUUCCUUCUUCUUCUACUUCUCCAAAACACUCUUGAACUCAUCGCCCCAACUCCAACAAUGCCUCACCUUCUACAAUCCGCAUUCCUUCCUUCCACUUCCUCCUCCCCUUUUCUUCGCCCAACCCACUCCAACAACCGCCUCCUCCACCUAUCCAGACCCCCCCGCAGCACCAAAAUCAGCGCCAAGAUCCGCGAAAUCUUCAUGCCUGCUCUCAGUUCUACCAUGACUGAGGGCAAGAUCGUCUCCUGGGUCAAGUCGGAAGGGGAUAAGCUCUCCAAGGGCGAGAGCGUCGUUGUCGUUGAGUCUGAUAAGGCCGACAUGGAUGUUGAGACGUUCUAUGAUGGGUUUUUGGCGAAAAUUAUGGUGGAGGAAGGUGGCGUUGCGGCCGUCGGGUCGGCUAUUGCUUUGUUGGCUGAGACAGAGGAGGAAAUCGCCGAGGCUUUGGCGAAAGCUACUGCUUCUGGUGGUGGUGGUGGUCCUGGAUCGAGUGCUGAAGUCAAGGAGACAAAAGCGGAAGUGGAAAAGGUUGUUGAAAAGGUGGGGCCGUCACUGCCGCCGGCGGAGAAGGUGGUGGGUUCGAGUGUGCAUCCGGCUUCGGAGGGAGGGAAGAGGAUAGUGGCAUCGCCCUACGCGAAGAAGCUGGCGAAAGAGUUGAAGGUGGAUUUGGGGAGAGUCGUGGGGAGUGGACCACUGGGGAGGAUUGUGGCUAAGGAUGUUGAGGUGGCUGCGGCAGAGGCUGCAGCUCCGGUGGCUGCUUCUCCUUCGGGUAAGACGGCAGCUGCUGCAGUUGGGAUUGAGUUGGGAAGUAUUGUACCAUUCACGACAAUGCAGGGUGCUGUGAGUAGGAAUAUGGUGGAGAGUUUGACCGUUCCUACUUUCAGAGUUGGUUACACUAUUACUACUGAUGCUCUUGAUGCAUUGUAUAAAAAGAUCAAAUCCAAGGGGGUGACAAUGACAGCAUUGCUUGCGAAGGCAACGGCACUUGCACUGGUUAAACAUCCUGUUGUGAACUCUAGUUGUAGAGAUGGUAACAGCUUUACAUAUAAUAGUAGCAUCAACAUUGCUGUUGCUGUGGCUAUAGAUGGUGGAUUAAUUACACCAGUGCUUCAGGAUGCUGAUAAGGCUGACAUCUACACAUUGUCAAGAAAGUGGAAAGAGUUAGUUGAUAAGGCCCGUGCCAAGCAGCUGCAACCUCAUGAAUACAAUACAGGAACUUUCACUCUUUCAAACCUGGGAAUGUUUGGUGUGGAUCGCUUUGAUGCCAUUCUGCCACCUGGAACAGGUGCAAUAAUGGCUGUUGGAGCAUCUGAGCCUAAUGUUGUUGCGACCAAGGAUGGUCGAAUUGGCCUGAAGAACCAGAUGCAGGUAAAUGUUACAGCUGAUCAUCGUAUAAUAUAUGGUGCUGAUCUUGCUCAAUUCUUGCAAGCCCUAGCAAAGAUUAUUGAGGAUCCGAAAGAUCUUACAUUCUAGUCAAACAUCUCAAUCACCAAAUGAAUUCUUUUGCCCUUUUUGAUUCUCGGAUAUCUUCCUUGUAUGUUCCCAAUACUCAUUGUUUCUGGUCAUUGAUACGUGAUCUUGAUGGUGUAGAAUCAAAUCAAUUGUUGAAAGUUGUGGGAGCUGAUAGAACAGGAGCAGAUUUUGAAGUGCCAUGUUUUUUUUUCCCGUUUUCAUUGAUCAAGAGUGUUGAUUUUUUUUCGCAGUUUGAUGCCAUAAACUUGUGGCUCAAUUCUGUUAAUAAAUUUAGGAUGUCAAAUUAGUGAAAUCUUCAAUUAUGUCAAGUGUUUUGACAGAUUGUUCAUCAAAGUUGUUAAUGAAUAGACUGAACAAAAUUCUGCCUGUAAUUUGACUUCACCACAAGCUUCUAUAAUCAUCUCUAAUUCCAACUUUCCACUCA